AUGUCCCGCCAACGCCAUGUUUACAAACUGCCAAAAGCGGAUCAAACUGCCCAGGAGCGCUUCUCACAUCACCUCACAGCCAAAUCAAUCAAACCGAAAAUGGAGUCUUUGCUAUCGCUGUCCUUCGAUUAUUUGUCCUCCUACGACGGUGUGAAAAUAAGAAAAGGUCUCCGCCAACUUGAAGGUCUCCUCGCCCAAAUCUGCCUCUCAAGAACCCCCACAGACCGCCGAAGCUCAGUAAUAUCUGGCGGGGCGUCAAAGCAGACUACAAAAGAACUGUCAUCAUUAAAAGAUGACCCCGCGUUCCGAGAGUUCUUCAAGCUUCAAGAAGGGUUUGAGUGGAAUGUUGCAAUCAGACUGAUAGCAUGCCUGGAGCGCCUUCUUUCCAAGGCCUCGAAUGGUCAAAAUGACCUCCUCAUUGUCUCAACCCUGGAGCUUCUUCAAGGCACCCUCCUCAUCCACCCUCCCUCCCGCUCCCUCUUCGCUCGCGAAAUCUACAUGAACCUGCUCCUCGACCUUCUCGACCCCACAUGCUGUCCUGCAAUCCAAUCAUCAACCCUUCUCGCACUCGUCACUACAUUACUGGCUACGCCAGCGAAUACAAGGGCAUUCGAGACGCUAGAUGGGCUAUUGACUGUUACGAGCCUUUUCAAGAGUAGGGGAACCAGUAGGGAGGUAAAGAUGAAGGUCGUAGAAUUCCUGUACUUUUACUUGAUGCCUGAGACACCGGUCUCGAAUGGUGCUGGAGGUGGACUACACAGGAGUCCGAGCAAGAGAAAGGGUAGUGGAGAGAGGGAGGGCAGGCAAGCGGGGACGAAGACGACAGAGGAGAAGCAAGGUUUGCUAGGGAGGCAUUUGAGCAAUGUGGAGGAUUUGGUGGAGGAUCUGAGGGAGAGCGCGCCCUUUGGAGCGUGUUUGGUGUAG